CGUGUCUCUCCUCUUCCUCCAUGCUGUUUCAAGCAUGGCGCCGAGACACAAGCCACGCAGAGCGGCGGACAAACUGAGAACGCAGCCGGAGGAACAUGAAGCGGAGAGCGGGAGCGACUCCGAGGGGAGAGGAGAGGAAGAGGAGGAGGAGGAGGAGGAGGAGGCGGCAGGAGCUGCAGCGGAGCCGCCGGCGGAGGACGACCUCAGCCUGGACGAGGUGCUGCGGCUCGGAGGGACCAGGGCCGACUUCCUGAUGCUCGCCGGCCUCAACGACUCCAACGAGCUCGUCGACGGCGGCAAGAAAGGAGCCAUCGACGACCUGGAGGAGGGCGAGCUGGAGAAGUUCAUCACCAAGCUGGGCAUCCGGGCAUACGCCGGGCAGCAGGUGGUCACGGACCAGCCGGAGGAGGACGGAGACGCCGCCGAGAAGGAGAGCAAGAAGGCCAAGGCCAAGAAAGCCCCGGCGGAGGAGAGGCCGGCCAAAGCGACGCCGGAGGUGAAAGGCGAGGAGGGAGCGGCGGACAGAAAGAAGGCAAAGAAGUCCAAAGAAACGUCCGGGAAAAAGGCCAAACUCAGCGCCGACGUGUUUGAGUUCCACCCCAGACAAACGCUGCUGAUUAAAAGCGGGGGGAAGUGGCACGACCUGGAGUACGCCGCCGAGGGGUCGACGGCGCCGCAGGACGAGGCGCUGGUGUCGCAGUACAAAGCUCUGGCCCGGCGGCUGUUCGAGGCCGAGGCCGAGCUCUACAGGAGCAAGAAGAACCUGCAGAAGGGAGCCAACUCCUCCUGGAUGAAGACCGUCGUGUCCUCGGGCGUGCUGGCCGACCGGAUGGCGGCCAUGACGCUGCUGAUCCAGGACGCUCCCGUGCACACGCUGGGGCACGUGGAGAACCUGGUGGCCAUGGUGAAGAAGAAGGGGGGGCGGCGGAUGGGCCUGAUGGCGGUGGACACGCUCAGGGAGCUGCUGCUGUCCGACCUGCUGCCCGAGCAGAGGAAGCUCCGCACCUUCGCCCAGCACCCCUUCGACCAGCUGGAGGAGAAGGCGAGCGGCAACAGGGACGCCCGCGACCGCCGCCUCAUCCUGUGGUACUUCGAGCACCAGCUGAAGCACCAGGUGGCCGAGUUCGUGGUGGCCCUGGACGAAAUCGGCCACGACACGGUGCCGGCCUGCAAGGCCAAGGCGCUGAGCACCGUCCACGAGCUGCUGUGCAGCCGCCCCGAGCAGGAGAGGGCGCUGCUCGUCCAGCUGGUCAACAAGCUGGGCGACCCCGAGUACAAGACGGCGGCCAAGACCACGUACCUGCUGGAGACGCUGCUGGAGAGGCAUCCCAACAUGAAGGCGGUGGUGUGCGGCGAGGUGGAGCGGCUCAUGUUCAGGCCCAACGUCAGCCCCAAGGCGCAGUACUACGCCGUGUGCUUCCUGAGCCAGGUGCUGCUGAGCCACGCCGAGGCCGAGCUCGCCGCCAAGCUCAUCGCCAUCUACUUCUCGUUCUUCCGCGCCUGCGUCAAGAAGAAGGACGUGGAGUCCAAGAUGCUGAGCGUCCUGCUGUCGGGCGUGAACCGGGCGUAUCCCUACGCCCGGGCCGGAGACGAGAAGGUGAAGGAGCAGCUGGACACGCUGUUCAAGGUGGUUCACCUGGUCAAGUUCAACACGGCUGUGCAGGCGCUCAUGCUGCUGUUCCAGGUGAUGGACUCGCAGCAGACCAUCUCCGACCGCUACUACGUCACCCUGUACAGGAAGCUGCUGGACCCGGCUCUGUCGUCGUGCUCCAGGCAGAGCAUGUUCCUCAACCUGGUGUACAAGUCGCUGAAGGCCGACAUCGUCCUGCGGCGGGUCAAGGCCUUCGUCAAGCGGCUGCUGCAGGUCAGCGGCGAGCAGAGCCCCAGCUUCGCCUGCGGGGCGCUCUUCCUCGUGUCGGAGGUGAUGAAGGCCAAGCCGGGCCUGCGGGUGCUGCUGCAGCAGAGCGAGGACGGAGAGGAGGAGACGUUCAAAGACCUCGCUGAGGAGGAGGAGGAUGAAGAGGAGCGCUUUGUGGACGCCGACAAGCUGGAGGAAGGAAUGAGUGCAGCGGCGGAAGAGGCCAAACCCAAGGCAUCGUGGGUACACCACCAGAACCUGGAAGGAGGGCGGAGCUCCGAGGCGUACGACCCGCUGCACAGAAACCCGCUGUUCUGCGGAGCCGACCACAGCACACUGUGGGAGCUGCAGCAGCUCUCGCUGCACUUCCACCCGUCGGUGGCGCUGUUCGCAAAGACGAUCCUGCAGGGAGGUUUCGUUCAGUACUCGGGCGACCCGCUGCAGGACUUCACCCUGAUCCGCUUCCUGGACCGCUUCGUCUUCAGGAACCCCAAACAGCUGAAGGCCAAACCGAACUCCAUCGCCACGGGAAUGCAGCCCAAACAGAGACUGUCCAGCCGCUCUCUGCCAGUAAACUGCGAGGAGUUUCUGUCCAGAGAGGAGAGCCAGAUUCCCGUGGACGAAGUUUUCUUCUAUCGAUUCUUCAAAAAGCGUCAGCAGGAGAAGCAGCAUCGCCGGCCGAAGAGAGACGGCGAUAACGAGAGCGUGGAGGAUGUGGACGACGACGAGUUUGAGAAAAUCCUCGACUCGUACGAGGGAGACAGCUACUUCCCCGACCUGCCCGACGACAAUCUGGACUUUGCCGGGAGCGUGAAGAGCAAGGCGGGGAAGAAAGGCGGCGAGCAGUCGGACUCGGACCUGGACGACUCGGACAUGGACGACCUGGACGACGAGGAGGUGUCUCUGGGCAGCAUGGACGAGGAAGACUUCGGAGACGAGCUGGAGGAGGAAGGAGGCGCGUUCAUGGACCCUGACGGAGACGAUGAUGAUGAAGUGCCGGAGCUGGAGGAGGAAGACGAUGAUGAUGAUGAAGCUGCGUUUGGUGGUUCAGACGACGACGAGGAGCCAGACGUCACGCCUCCGACCAAGAGGAGCAAGAGGAAGUCAGCAGAGGAACUGGACUUCUCCGGAUCUUUAGGCUCCAAACUGGGGAAGAAGAGGAGGAAGAGGAAGGACGAAGCUGUGUUUGCUUCUGCUGAAGAGUUUGGAUCCAUGUUGGACGAGAACGCCGGCGCCAAGUUCGACAACAUUGGAAUGAACGCCAUGGCCAACACGGACAAAGCAGGUCUGAAGCAGCUCAAGUGGGAGGCUCAGCGCGACGACUGGAUCCACGGCCGCGACGCCAAGACGCUCCGCCGGAGGAAGGCGACGUUCGGCAAGAGCAAAACGUUCGGCAAGAGCAAAACAUUCGGCAGGGCGAAGGCGGGGAGCCGGACCUUCGGGAAGAAGAGGAGGAAGUAGCAUCGCUCGAGCCACGAGUGUUUUUUUUUUUUGUUAUUCCUCAGUCCUGUUUGGCUGACCAGGCCUCGCGGUCUCGCUCACGGAUGCCGUAAAUCCCCGCCCACUCGUUGGACUGAUAGUACACUGUGAGGAAGAGGAGGAGGAGGAGGGUCAGUCAGCAGGAAGUCUGUGUUUUCUGAUCUACAGAGACAUUAUCAUCUUUAUUUUUUAUUUUCCCAGCAGCUCAGAUCUUUACUCUGACUGGACCUUGUAACACUUUUCUGCAUAAAUGUGCAAAUUAAUAAGAAACAAUAUUGUCUUCAAACUAGUGUAACUCGUUCCUGCUUUGCUACAGAGUUUAUAUUAAUGCUGCAGUAGUUGAUGCCUUAAUUAGCUGAAUUACUGGCCCGGGGUCCCCACACGUCCAGAAAAACCUGGAAAUCCUGGAAACUCAUAAGCUCGUUUUCUAGAUUUUUUUUUUCCUGGAAAAUUCCAAAACAGAUCAAAUAUCCUGGAAGUAGUCACGAGAUCCUGGAAAAUUGUCACGUUCAGCUGAGAUAUUCACAUUUUUAGCCGCUGACGCCCCGUUUACACCGACUCGUCAUGUAUACAGACGACUGAACGGGACAAAAACACGCAAAAUGAACACAUUUGUGUGUGAAUUAUUAUUAUUAUUAUUAUUAUUUUACAUGUAAACAACACUGACAACAUGAUAUUUAAAAUUUCAAUUUCAUGCGGUUUUGAGCUGUUUGGCUGAUGUGAGUCACUCUAAGUGAAGACGACCUGUUGAAUACGUUCCUGAACAUCUUGGGUAAUUAUUUCCUGUACAGAGUGGGAACCCUGAAGGCCUCACGAGCUUCACUGGUGUUUAAUUAUUUGUUUUGUUGGGACGUGUUUCUGCAGCCGUCAGUCGCUCUGAGAGUCUGAUCGUCCUGCCUCUCUCUCUCCAGUCGGCUCCUAAAAAGCCAGCCGACCAAAAACAAGCCCAAAGCACCAGAGUGUGUUUGGUUUGGUGUUUUUUCUUUUCCAGCACAGUGACGCUCACUCUGAACUAAGCAAAGCAAAGAAACACCUGUGAUGCUACUUUCUGAAGGAGAAAGGCCAGACUCUCACCGGUGUGUCGGGAGGGAACGUCCCUGUGCUAAUAUUCGGAGAUUCAUAUAUGGCUGUACUGAAAGCAGUGAGAGGUAAGACGCCUGGCCUGGUCUCAUCAGCUGCUCACUGGUUCCAGUUCAAAACCAGAACCCCCAGCAGGUUUACAGACACACUCAUUUUCCACUAUUAUUCCGAACAUGACAGUAUUCCUAAUGUGACACGGCUCAUGUAAACAGCACAUUCUGUCUGGAUCUUCAGAAUCAGGCCAUUUUUCAGGCUUUAGGAGCUUCUUCUGGUCGUGUUUUCAGCUCUGAGCUCUGAACACACCACCAGGACAGCAGUUUUUACAGCCGGGGUACAGAAGCUUCCACAUUUCUGACAGGAAGGAGAAACGCUCCUCCUUUUCAACAUUAUCAUCCAAGACUUGGAUAUCAGCUGGUUUUUGAGCAAACACCACCACACUGAUGUUUUCUGUGUUCACACGGUCGCACCGGUCUGAGUUUUGCACGGCUGCAUGUAAACAGGAAUAUUAGCUGGGACUUUUCCUCUUCAUCAGCCGUGCAAAAGCUGAGCAGGAAUACUGUCUCUUUCAGAAUAAGGGCAAGAAAACAUGGAAAUGUGACAUGAACGGCUGAGGCAUUUCAGUGUAAAAGUCUUAAAUCAAUGAUCAGACUGUCCUCCAGCUGUUUGUAAGGUUUAAAGACAGAUACUUGUUUGAUUGAUAACACGUGUUCAUGUUUUUAAUCUUUCUGGAAGUGUCACCUUCUGCUUUUUCCACUUUUCCUCUAAACGGUGAAAAUCUAAUUUUCUUUUAUUUCUUAUUUAAACUUUGUCUGGCAUCAGAAGGCUCAUAUCCUGAUUAAAAUAAAUAAUAACUGGGGAAAAGUCCACCUGCAGGCUUUACCUUCCAGAACAGACGGAAACUUCCUGUUCAUGGUGCUCCUGAAAUCUGGAGGAAGAGAUGGAAAAUGUCAGUGUGUGUGUGUGUGUGUGUAUACCUGUGGAAACAUCCACGUGUUCCUGAAUGUGUUUGAUUUUAUUAUUUCCUAUUAAAAAAAGGUUUUUAUGGA